AGGGAGAACUAAUCAGGAAACCAAAAACCUGAACAGCUGAGAAACGGAACCUUUAAACAGCAGCAGAUUUAAGUUCGUACCUGCAGCAGGUGGUCUAAAGGGGGCGGGAACCAACAGGUACACACAGGAAACUUCAACCACUGUCUACAGAUGGGGGGUCAGGCGUCCAGGCCAGAGGGCGUCCACGUGGUGGUGGUGGGCGGAGGAUUCGGUGGCAUCGCGGCGGCUCAGCAGCUGAAAUCUGGAGGACUGGACUUCACGCUGAUCGACAUGAGAGAUGCUUUUCAUCACAACGUGGCGUCGCUCAGAGCGUCCGUACAGCCCGGAUUCGCUCAGAGGACCUUCAUCCCGUAUGUUGAGACAUUUGGAGACAGUUUCAUUCAGGGACGGGUGGAGCGAGUUGACACUGACAGACAGAUGGUCGUCCUGCUGGGAGGGCAGGAGAUCCAGUACUCCCACCUUAUCCUGUGUACUGGGACAGAUGGGCCAUUUCCUGGGAAAUUCAACACAGAGGCGUCGUAUCAGACAGCUGUCCAGGCGUACGAGGACUUCAUCCAACAGAUCCAGGCUGCAGAUUCUGUGUUGGUGGUUGGAGGAGGGUCGACUGGUGUGGAGAUGGCUGCUGAGAUCAAGACGGAGUAUCCAGACAAAAAGGUGGUUCUGAUCCACUCCAGAAUUGGGCUGGCUGACCCAGACCUGCUGCCCAGUGUCAGACAGCAGGCCAAAGAGGUUCUGCUGGAGAAAAGAGUGGAGCUACUUCUGGGACAGAAAGUGAAUAACCUUUCAGAGCUGCAGCUGAACGUGAUGCAGAAAAACAUGGUGGUGACCACAGAUAAAGGAGAAACACUGACCACAGAUCUGAUCAUCAGCUGCACCGGUCUCAGGAUCAACUCUGCAGCCUAUGCAUCCGGGUUCUCUGGGAGCGUGGCUGAUAACGGAGCGCUGCAGGUGAACAAUCACCUGCAAGUUGAAGGUUUCUCCAACGUCUUCGCUGUGGGCGACUGCGCUGACAUCAAAGAACCCAAGAUGGCGUAUCACGCCGGCCUCCACGCCGCUGUCGCUGUGACCAACAUCAUCAACAGUCUGAGCGGGAAGCAGCUGACAGAGUAUCACACAGGCAACAUCACCAUGUUGCUGGCGAUGGGCCGAGAUGACGGCGUGGGUCAGUUCAACGGAAUGAGGCUGCCUCGUUUCCUCGUUGCUCUGGGGAAGAGUCGUGAUCUGCUGCUGUGGAAGAGCUGGAGGGAGAUGCAGCAGAAACAACCCUGAUGUGUCGCUGCAGACCGUCCUCAUCAUCACGGAGCCUUCCACAUCCUCAGCCACCACCAAGUGCCUCAACGCAACCCAGAGCCAACUCAGUACUGUAAGGCUGAAGCUUGAGUUUCUUCAGUAGCUCGGUUAGAUACGCGGCUGUUGACAAAGUUCGAUUCACCUCAUCAUAUAUGUUUAAAGUUGCACCUACUUGCCUCUAGAAAUAUUUAGUACAUAUAUUAUUCUUUAAAUGAACUCAGGAGGUUAUAACCGUGAGCUAAAGUCUGCAUGAAUCUGAGCUUUCAGCAGCGAUGUUUACACAGUUUCAUUCUGUAUUUUACACUAACAAUAAAACCUGUUAUCUUAUUAUUUCUAAGUCAUGUUACAGCUUAAACAUUUUAAAUGAACAUUAUGUAGGUUUUAAACUGUUUAAUUACACUUUUCAUCAAUAAACUGAAAAUAUUAAACAUGUUAA